AUGGAUGGUUUAUCCGGGGCGGCGAGCGUUAUCGCGGUCAUUCAACUAACGGGAAGCCUUGUGAAGCUUUGCGGGGGCUACAUUCUAGAGGUGAAAGAUGCACGAGACGAAAUUUUCACCCUACAACGGGCGAUUGCAGGCCUCCAAGGGACACUCCAAGACCUGCAGAAAUUCCUUCAAAGUAACGACGGAAAGGCCCUACCUACCUCCUCACGACUAGGCCGCAAUAUUACCGAUUGCCUCUCCGACCUCCGAGCCUUAGAGGGGAGACUUGAUCCAGGAAAAGGAAAGAAGCUAAUGCGCAAAAUGGGAUUACGAGCCUUAAAGUGGCCCCUGAAACGCACAGAGGUGGAGAGCGAUAUUCAGAACCUCGAGAGAUAUAAAUCUUCAUUCCUCUUAUCUUUACAGGUGGAUCAAACUUCUCUGAUGGUCGGCGUGAUCGAGGGUAUGGAUCUUGGGAAGUUGGAAGGUGCGGAGGAGGCAGGGUUUGAGUCAUUCUCCGACCGAGACGAAGUCCAAUGUCUCCAAGGCACCAGGACCCAGCUUCUCCAGCAGAUAAUGGAAUGGGCUAUGUCGCCGUCCCAAAAACGCAUUUUCUGGUUAAAUGGAAUGGCCGGGACAGGAAAAUCCACAAUAUCUCGGACUGUGGCAAGGUCGCUCAAGGACACCAAUUAUCUAGGUGCCAGCUUCUUCUUUAAGAGGGGUGAAGGGGACCGAGGGGACGCGAAGAAGUUUUUCCCGACAUUAACAAGGCAACUGAUGCUCAUGAUUCCUGCGCUGAGGUCUGGCGUGCACAAGGCACUCCACGAUGACCCUGACAUUGUGUCAAAAUCGCUCAGGGAGCAGUUUAAGAAACUACUCCUUCAACCGCUGCUCGAUCUUGACCAACUCGGCCGACAACCUCAAGCCGCUGUGAUAGUGAUCGACGCUUUGGACGAAUGCGAACAUGAUCAAGAUGUCCGAAACAUCAUUCGAUUACUGGCUCUUCUACAGAAGGCAAAAUCGGUUCGUCUUCGGAUCUUCUUGACUAGCAGACCCGAACUUCCAAUCAGCCUCGGCUUUUCAGAGAUCGCGGAUCAUGGGUAUCAGGACCUAGCUCUUCAUGAGAUACCCGAAGAAGUGACAGAACGUGACAUACGUUUAUUCCUGCAGGACCGAUUUGCGAAAAUCAAACACGACAGAAAUAUUUCCCAAGACUGGCCCGGCGAUGACGUCAUCCAAAAAUUGGUCACGAUGUCCGUUCCACUGUUUAUUUCGGCUGCCACAGUGUGCCGUUAUAUCGAAAAUGCAAAAUGGGAUUCCAAAUUGCGCCUCGCAGAGCUUCUAACGGACCAAGCCAAAUAUGUAUCGAAAAUGGAUAAGACAUACCUACCAAUUCUGACGCGACUACUGGACGAUCAAGAGAGUGAUGAAUCGGAGCAGCAGCAGCUCCUGCAAGAGUUCCAGGACAUAGUCGGUGUCAUCAUCCUUCUCGCUGAUCCGCUCUCUAUAAAUGCCCUGUCGCUGUUUUGUGGGAUAGGAGCAGACCAGAUCAGCAAUCGAUUGGAUUCAUUCCGCUCUGUUUUGAGCAUUCCCGGUGACCGAGAUCAGCCUGUUAGGAUUCUACAUCUAUCAUUUCGGGAUUUUUUGGUCCGGUCUAGCAGCAAGUUUUUCGUGGAUGAGCGAAGAAAGCACAAAGAAAUUGCUCACUACUGUCUCAAAACCAUGCAAAGUCAUCUACGGAAAGAUAUCUGUAAUCUCGCAAAUCCUGGAGCGUGUAAGGCAGACAUCGACCCCCAAGAUAUCCGACAAUAUCUACCGCCGGAAUUAAAGUACUCUUGUCACUACUGGAUACACCAUCUCGAGCAAAGUCAGGAUCUAUCUUCCGGGAUAGAAGAUGUGCUACAAUUUCUCCAGAAGCAUUUUCUGCACUGGCUGGAGGCGAUGAGUCUACUAGGUCUUAUAUCGGAGGUAGUGGGUAUGCUUAAUCUCCUCUGCGUGAUUUUACCAGGAGACGAGCACUCUAGGAUAUCUCAAUUUGUACAUGAUGCACGGCGUUUUACACUCAAGUAUUAUCAGAUAGCUGAUGAGGCGCCACUUCAGCUUUAUUACGCAGGGCUAGUAUUUGCCCCCCAGACGGCAAUAAUCCGUAAUGAAUUCAAACAAGAGCUUCCUACUUGGAUAGGCCAGUUACCACGAGUUGAGGAAAGGUGGGGUGCAGAAUUACAGACUCUCGAGGGCCAUUCAGGCUUGGUUACCUCGGUGGCCUUCUCGCCUGACGGCCGGCUGCUGGCGUCCGGCUCUCACGAUAACACUGUGCGACUCUGGGACACGGCGACGGGCGGCCUACAGCAGACUCCCGAGGGCCAUUCACGCUGGGUUACCUCGGUGGCCUUCUCGCCUGACGGCCAGCUUCUGGCGUCCGGCUCUCACGAUACGACCGUGCGGCUCUGGGACACGGCGACGGGCGGCCUACAGCAGACUUUUGAGUGCUAUUCACACUCAGUUACGUCGGUGGCCUUUUCGCCUAACGGUCAGCUUCUGGCGUCCGGCUCUCACGAUAAGACCGUGCGGCUCUGGGACACGGCGACGGGCGGCCUACAGCAGACUCUCGAGGGUCAUCCAGACUCGGUUACCUCGGUGGCCUUCUCGCCUGACGCCCGGCUGCUGGCGUCUAGCUCUAACGACAAGACUGUGCGGCUCUGGGAUAUAGCCACGGGCGGCAUACACCGGACUGUUAAGGGCUAUUCACGCUGGGUGACCUCGGUGGCCUUCUCGCCCAACGGGCGGCUUCUGGCGUCCGGCUUUCACGAUAACACUGUGCGGCUCUGGGAUACGGCGACGGGUAGCCUACAGCAGACUUUUGAGGGCCAUUCACUCUGGGUUACCUCGGUGGCCUUCUCGCCUGACGGCCGGCUGCUGGCGUCCGGCUCUCACGAUAACACUGUGCGACUCUGGGACACGGCGACGGGCGGCCUACAGCAGACUCUCGAGGGCCAUUCAGGCUUGGUUACCUCGGUGGCCUUCUCGCCUGACGGCCGGCUGCUGGCGUCCGGCUCUCACGAUAACACUGUGCGACUCUGGGACACGGCGACGGGCGGCCUACAGCAGACUCCCGAGGGCCAUUCACGCUCGGUUACCUCGAUGGCCUUCUCGACCGACGGCCGGCGGCUAGGUUCCGGCUCUAGCGACAAUAUCGUGCGGCUCUGGGACACAGCGACGGGCAGCCUACAGCAAACUCUUAAGGGCCAUUCAAGCAGGGUUAACUCGGUGGCCUUCUCGCCCAACGGGCGGCUGCUGGCGUCCGGCUCUCACGAUAAGACCGUGCGGCUUUGGGAUACGGCGACGGGCGGCCUACAGCAGACUCUCGAGGGCCAUUCAGACUGGGUUACCUCGGUGGCCUUCUCGGCUGACGGCCGGCUGCUAGCGUCUAGCUCUCACGAUAACACCGUGCGGCUCUGGGAUACGGCGACGGGCGGCCUACAGCAGACUCUCGAGGGCCAUUCAGGCUUGGUUACCUCGGUGGCCUUUUCGCCUGACGGCCGGCUGCUAGCGUCUAGCUCUCACGAUAACACCGUGCGGCUCUGGGAUACGGCGACGGGCGGCCUACAGCAGACUCUCGAGGGCCUCAAUGAGAUUUCGAAACCGAAUAUCGUUAUCGACAAAAUUUCUUUUUCUCAAGAUAGUUCAUAUAUUAUUACCAACUUGGGCAACCUUGUCGUUCAGUCUGGGCAGGCGAACGAUGCCUCUAAUUCGAGCCCAGCGCUCAUCAUUGUCCGAGGACAGUGGAUAUUCAUCAACGGCAAAAAUGUGCUCUGGCUUCCCCUGAGUUUCGGCCUAGCUGUUCGACAGUUACUUGCGAUACAAUUGCUCUAG